GAAUGCUGCACUCGCCAUUUGUAAGGUCGGUGGGUGCAGUCAGAAUGCUCGUGAGCCAACAGGCCUUGAGCUCCAAGAUGAGGCUGAGCGCUGCCAUAGCAACGUCCUGGACAUCUAGGUCUUCGGCCGCAACCGCUGCAGCAGGGACCCAGGUCUUCACCUUCUCACACUGGGUGUGGUGGUGUGGGACUACAGAUGGCCCAACCAGGUAGGAGAGACUGCCCUGCUCCUCCAGCAAGAAGAUAGACAGACGAUAGACUGACGGGUGGCUUUCAAGAAUGCCCUUCCAGAAACACAUCUGCUACCCUCAGUCCGACAGCCUGGAGAGGUAUGAUGCUCCAAGGGAAGGAACAUCUUCCGGGCUCUUUGUCACCCCCAGCUCGGCAUCUGGAUCUCUGCCCUCCUUCCAAUUCCGACCCCGUAUAGAGAAUGUGGACUGGAGGCGGCUGGGCGCCAUUGAUGUGGACAAGGUGGUAGGAGCUAGGGAUAUCCUGACACUUCAGGAGAACAUCAUGAACAUCACCUUCUGCAAGCUGGAGGACGAGAAGUGCCCGCGUUGCCAGUUGGGGGUGGACCCACUGCUGUUGAAGCUCACCCGCCUGGCGCAACUCACAAUCGAGUACCUGAUGCAUUCCCAGGAGUUCCUCGCCUCACAGCUGAACGCAGCGGAAGCACGGUUGCGCCUCAGUCUGAGGGGCUGUGAGCAGAACAAACAGCUACUCACUAAGCAGGCUGAGGAGAUCAGACUGCUCAGGCAGGAGUGUAGGCACGGGAAGAAGGUGUUGUCUGCCCAGCAGCUGAUGAUGGGCCAGGCCAAAGCCAGCCAUUACCAGUGCCGUUUUUGUGACAAAGCCUUUAUGAGCCAAGCCUUUCUACAGAGCCACAUUCAUCGCCGUCACCCUGCAGAUUCUUGUCUUGGGAGAAGUACCAAGGCACAGAAUGACAAGCUGCAGAAGGAGAUCGACAUGUUGAAGGAGCAGCUGUGGUUCACCAAGGCUCAGCUAGAGGCCACCCAGCACACCCACACAGUCAGGACCUCUGAAGACCAGGAAGCGCUGAAAACCAAAGAGGACUUUCAGCAAUUAGUUGAUAGAUGGGAGGAGGAAGAAAAACAGAAACUGAGGGAUGAGAUGGGAAAAGUCAAGGAGAUGUUUAUGAAGGAGUUUAAAGACUUAACUUCUAAGCAUUCCGCUUUAAAAUAUCAGUUGUUGGAAAUCCAGAAAUCCAAUAUGCAGGACAAGCUCCACAUGGGCACCUGGAGAGAUUCUCGGUUUAAAGACUGAUUUCCACAUCCCAGCCUUCCCCAAACGUGCUGCACCCCCUUGAGUGUGAGUAAGCCAGUGGCCGGAUGGACUUCCAAGUUCUCAAGAAUGCGGCAAGGAGCAGGGUCAAGUCUUUCUCAGGCAACCGCAGCCGCCCUGAGGUCAUGAGUGCAACAGCCCUGUCAGGUCCAGAAGACACUGAUUGACAACUGUCAUCCACAUUGUCUCCUACACUCUUUCCACCCCUUUCUUCUCUGUGUUGUUUCUUGGUGUGCGUGUGCGUGUGCGUGUGUGAAAUGUCUCAGGGUUGAGAGUUCCAUAGCCAUGUAUUCUCCACAAUUUGGCCAAUUGUAAGUCUGUAUUAGCCUCUGCAUCACAAAAAGGAAGCUUCUCUGAUAAAAGCUAAGAAGUUACCUUAUUUAUCUGUAAGUAUAAAGUAUCAUCUAGAAGGUAAUUUGAUGCUCUAUCCAUUAAGCAAGAUAAGUCUCAAUUCCAUCAUAAAGCAGUUGGUUGCCCCCCACACAUUCCUGCCACUAUUAUACCAUAAUAAUAUCUUAACAUUUACAUUUCUGUAAGUUCAGGGACCCCACCCCACCCCCAUGUACAGACAAAGCCUUACAAAAUCUACAUUUUCAAUUCCCAGGUUAUAAAUACUUCUCUAUGUUUUAAAAUAUUUUCAGAAUCAUUUUAUUAGCUAAGUGGUGAUCCCUCUGGAUGCUGUUACUUAAUCCUUCCUGUGUGGCUGAAGACCUUUACAUGUAACUGGAUGUUUCUUCUCAUUUCUAAGCAAGUAUAAAUAAAGGACUGUUCUCAUUAACAACAACAACAAAUACUAGGAAAGACAUUUAGAAGAAAAAAUAAAUAAUAUUUGAUAAUUAUUAA